CCGGAAGUAGAUUAAAAACUGAACGCGGGGGUGUUUAACAAUCCGUUUUCAUAUGACAACUGCUGCUACAGCUCGUAACAACUACAUUUAUUAAGGCAGUUUUCAUAGUGCAUGCAGAGUGCGCAUGCGAAUGUGAUUUAAAAAUGGCGGAUCAACACGGUUUUAAGUUGUAUGAACGUAAACAAAUUAUCAAAUUAUCCAUCUAGUUGCGCAAAUUAUCAGUCUAUUAUUACUUUAUUAUUUAAAAUAUAAAUAUGGAAGCUAGAGAAAUCUAUAAUCUAACGUUUCAUGAGCUCAUCACGGCUACUUUCGCUGUAGAUUGGUCUGAUGAUAAUCAAAUUUCUAUCAUCACUGAAAAAGGAAUUCACAUACUAGAAUUACAACCAAAUCCAUUAUGUGUUCAACCUAUUGCAAAAUUCAAAAGAUCAUUUAUUUAUGCAUCAAGUUUCCUACCAUGUGAGCCUUUUUUACCAGUUAUUAAUCGUGUGAUCAACCACUUUGAUAAAGAAGAUUUAUAUUUAUUCAUGCUAGAAGUAGCAUUAACACCAAAGUUAGAUGAAAGAAAUGAGCAAAAUCCACGAAUAGUAGCAGCCGCUUGGUCUCCAAAAAAGUUAGUUAACCCAUCAAAAUGUUUAUUAGUAACAAUCACAUCAACAGGAGCUGUAGAUUUAACUUGUAAGGUUGGAAAUAAAUGGUACUCUGUUUAUAAUUUAUCCUUUCGAUGGUGGAAAAUAAUUGAAAAUGAAUUAGAAUUUAAGACGGAAAAUAUUCAGGUUAAUUCUGUUGAUGCUGAGUCAUUUAAAAAAAACUUGAGAAGACUUCUUGGAACCACAGUUACUUGGAGUGAAUUGUUUGAUAAAUCUACAGUUUUUUGUUAUUUAGUGACCGCUUAUAGAAGCUGUGAUUUAGUGAUCUGGAAAAUUAUGAGAUUGGCUGAACUCUCUAUGAAAGUAGAACCUAUAAUAGCAUACCGAACAGCUUUCGAUACUGAAGUGAAAAUUACUCAACUGCUAUGGAUCACUCUCAGUGACAAUAAAUAUUUAAUUAUAAUAGGCUUUUUCGAUGGUAAAAUUUAUGGUCUAUACAUUACUGAAACGGAUGAUUGUAUUACUCAGAAAUCUAUCUAUAAAUAUGAACCAAAUGCUGAUCAUAUUUCUGUUAACUAUUUGAAAGAGUUUAGUCGAAGUAACAAUGAAAUUAAUAUAAUUGUAAUUAAAAAUUUUUUUUUUAUUGUAAUGACUUUAAAUCAUGAAGGGAAAUUUGUAAAACAACAACACAUACAACUUACAUCGUUGUCAAUAUCAGGUUUAACAUUAAUCGAUCAAGAAAAAGCAAUGGUGAUUACUCGAGAUAGUCAAAUGUUCACAAUAACUUUUAAAAAAGGAUUAAAAUUAACAAGUGAACCAGUGAAACAUGAUUUAAAAACAUCUAAGAUUCAAUUUCUUGGUAUAGCUGUUGCUCCAAAUCAUGCAUUAUUUGUAAAUGUUACUAGUCCUAAUUGUUUAUAUGACCACUUAAUAAAUCGGGAACCAAGUUCUCUACAGUUAUUUAAUUUGAAAGGUGAAAAAUGGGAUCCUUGGCUACUGUUAAAUAAAAAAGACAGUUGUCUAUACACUCAUUGGAAUUGCUUAGAAACGAUUCGAAUUAAAGCAUCAAAAGAAUUAGAACCAGAAAAAUUAUUGCCUUCUAUUCCCGAAGAUUUUAAGUAUAUGUCUGUUGAUCAUCUUCGGAUUAUUAUGUGGUUAACAUUAAUAACAGACGUUUUAAAGAAAAAAAAAAUAUUAAAGAAGAUUGAUAGAGUUAUAGGGGAGAUAUCUAAAGCUCAACCAUUAAUUUUCGUUCAUGCUGCAUCAUCUCAUAUAAUAAAAUUAUCUCAAAGAAAGGAACUCAGUAAUAGUAUGCGUCUUUCAAUUCACUUUUUACGUCUUUAUCUUGAAGAAUUUCUCUCAAGCAAAGAUAAAAAUAUUGAAGGAAGUGUUACAAAAAAACUCGCGGAACAUGCUAUUGAUUUAACGACAAAAAUGGAAUUGGUUAGAAUAGAAUCUUGUAGUUUAUGCAGCGAAGUGAUAACAGAGUUACCAUGGAAAUCAUCAAGUUGCCCCAAAGGUCAUCAAUUACCACGAUGUGCUCUUACUUUACUUCAUAUCACUUGUCUGAAAUAUAGAAAUUGUACCGUAUGUGGUAGAAUAUUUCAUCCAUCACUUGAUGAAAUUUAUGAUGAAGUCAACUGCCUUUAUUGUGAUCUACCAGCUGUAUAUGACAGUAGAAUUGCUAAUGUCUAUGAUAACAUAGAUGACAAUUUUCGAAAUCUUUCUCUUCGACCAUCGUGGGAUUUGCAGAAUAGUAAAAUACAAGACAGUGAAACUCUUGCGGUCAGUGAAAAACCUUCAAAAAAACGACGUACUAACACAGGUGAUUCAUUUACUUUGAUUAUUAAUAAAGACGAUGAAACUAUCACUGAAACUUGGCAAGAACUUUGAGUGAAUCUUAUUGAAAAAAAGUGUAUAUAUUAAUACUUUUUUAUAUUUAUAAAUAAAUUAUUCGAAUUAAUGAUUACUCUCAUCAUUAUAAACG